UUAACUUUAACUGUGCGGUAAAAUUUUGCUUUGUUUUGGACUUUCGCAAUCUUCAAUCUUGACAUCAUGUAAAAUUAUGUAAAUAUUUCAAUCUUUGCUUGUCAGGUAAUGUGAAAAUGAUGUUCGUCUAAAACGUAAUUGUCUUCUUCGCUAUGACUUUAUCCAAAGAAGCAGCGUUAGAAAUUCUCGGAUUGCCUUCAUUUGCUUCAAACGAUUUUAUAGUGCAAAGAUAUAAAUACUUGGCUUUAGAGUGGUUUCCUGAAAAGCACGAUAAUAGUGAAUUUUCUGUUGAGGUGUUUGGAAAUAUCACAAGAGCUGCAUUGACGUUACUUCAACCUGGCAAAAGUCAGAUAAUAGAUUUGGAGGAGAUGUAUAAUUUUUUUCAACAUGUGUUCUUUGGUGGUGCUGGAAGACAUGAUAAAGAAGUAACUGCUGAUUGUGAAUGUGAACAGGAAGUUAGCGAUUCUUCUGCAAAUCCUUUUGAAGAUGAAUUCCGACGUAUUAUUGAAAAAGAAGAAAUUAAGGCUGCAGGUAGAGCGACUGAAUUGAUUCUUGAAGAAGAGGAAGAAAAAGCUAAGUCUGAAAGAAGGAAAGCUAAAAAGAAGAGACGUAAGGAAAGAAAGAAGUUAGAAAAAGUAGAGCCGAAAAGCAAAGCUGAGGAAAGUGUACAAAACAAACAAUCCAAUGAUGCUCCUAAGAAAAAAGCUAAAAAGGGUGAAAUUCUCAAAGUUUCUGAUUCUGAAGAGGAUCUAGAUCCAUCUAGUGCCUUUGUCUCAGUUGUGGCAAAAAAGCAUCGUAAGCAAAUUCCAGGAUUACAACUUAAGCAAGACAUUGUCCUCGAUAUUAAUAAUCACUAUUCGCCGGACUUGCCAUCGGAUGUAAGACUUUUUUGAAUUGUUGUAUGUAUUACUAAACUCAGUAUUAUAUGA